ACACAGCAGUGUAGGCACUGCCAAUACAUUCAUUACCUUUUAAUUCCCCCCUCAUACAAAUCAGUUUACUUUACUUCCCCAAUAAACACGAUGAUGUGUCCGCUAAAUCGGGUUAUUAUUCUCGUCAUUUACGGCGCAUUGUUGCCGUUUGGAAUAGUGGCCAGAAGCCUGCCGCUUACACUCGAAAAGGCACCUCCGGCUAUGCCAUCACAACUACGACACCUUAGCCGCACGGCAAGGGCAGCUCCUGCGAUUCCAAUGGAUUUCCGGACAAAGCACUUGCCAUGCGAUAUGGACCAAAGGGGUGGCCAGAGCUAUAUGUCCGCCUUCCCCCGUCAGUGCAUUUGGGCCUACAAUAAUCGCUAUAAGAGUGAAGAAAACUACCGCAUCUACAAGACCUAUCAAUUGGAGGCAUUCUUUUUCGGCCAGUAUCAUGAGCGUCUAAAGCGUUACGAACUCGAGCCCCAUAGCUACGAUUACAAUUAAAAUGUUUAAUAAUCGUACAAAAAUUAUUAAUCAUUUCAAAAUUUUAAUUAUGGACUUACAUGUAUUGCAAUGAACUUAGAAAUAUAUCCUAGAAGCCCCUCGCUGUUUUCCUUACCUCUA